UCUGAGGCAGGCAUGAUCCCCGAAGUCUCAAUGCUGGAUAGUCGAGGCUGCAAAAUGUGCGCGGCGGCGAAGGGAAGCUUCCUCCAGCCGUGUGCACGAUUACAAUCCCAGGUAGAGCUGGAAAGCUGGCCUGACCCGGGAGGUCCCCGCCUGCCGGCGCUUCCCCCGCAGGAACCGGGCAGACAGAACCUCUUGGCAUCUGGGUGUCAGACGGGUCCCCAGGCCACAGCCCUCGGCGCCCGGGUCCUCCGAGGUUGGGACACCGCCCACUUUUCCCGGUGACGCGGGAGCGGGGGGCUCGGGAAUUGUAGUCUCCGGCCGGGAGCCGGCGCCGUGGCUGGGGCUGCGCGGACUUCACGUCCCGGCGGGCAGAGCGGCGCGGCCGGGGGCCGCCAGGGGCGGGGCCGCUCGGCCCUUUAAACCUUUCGGGGCUGCUCCGAGGGCCGCAGCCGGAGACGGCGCCACGAGGGUGCUGGAGCAGUCGCGGUGGCGGCGGGUUGCUCCUGGGAGGCCAGGGCAGCUGAUGGUUGUGGCCGAAAUACCUCAAGGUAGCCGGGCUGCCCCCUCUUCCCCACCUACCUCUCGUCCUCCCCCCCCACACCACCACCACCCUGGCUCCCCUCCCUCAUGACCGCCUGGAUCCUCCUUCCUGUCAGCCUGUCAGCAUUCUCCAUCACUGGCCUAUGGACUGUGUAUGCCAUGGCCGUGAUGAACCACCAUGUGUGCCCCGUGGAGAACUGGUCCUACAACGAGUCCUGCUCUCCUGACCCUGCAGAACAAGGGGGCCCCAAGGCCUGCUGCACCCUGGACGAUGUCCCCCUCAUCAGCAAGUGCGGCACAUAUCCCCCAGAGAGCUGCCUCUUCAGCCUCAUUGGCAACGUGGGUGCCUUCAUGGUGGCCCUGAUCUGCCUCCUGCGCUACGGGCAGCUCCUGGAGCAGAGUCGACACUCCUGGGUUAACACGACAGCACUCAUCACAGGCUGCACCAAUGCUGCAGGCCUUGUGGUAGUCGGCAACUUUCAGGUGGAUCAUGCCAAGUCUCUGCACUACGUUGGAGCUGGUGUGGCCUUCCCUGCGGGGCUGCUGUUUGUCUGCCUGCACUGUGCCCUCUCCUACCACGGGGCCACUGCACCCCUAGACCUGGCUAUGGCCUACCUGCGAAGUGCGCUGGCUAUCAUCGCUUUCAUCACCCUAGUUCUCAGCGGUAUCUUCUUUGUCCAUGAGAGUUCUCAGCUGCAGCAUGGGGCAGCCCUGUGUGAGUGGGUGUUUGUCAUUGAUAUCCUCAUUUUCUAUGGUACCUUCAGCUACGAGUUUGGGGCAAUCUCCUCAGACACUCUGGUGGCUGCACUGCAGCCUACUCCUGGCCGGGCCUGCAAAUCCUCUGGGAGCAGCAGCACUUCCACCCACCUCAACUGUGCCCCUGAAAGCAUCGCCAUGAUCUAAGGUCUAGGGAGGGUGGCUGGCCCGGCCUCCGCAGCACCCACACCACGCCACACCAUAUCAUCUUUGCAUUUAUUUUGUACCAAAAACAAUUUGAGAAAGUGUUCUGUUGGGAUCUAGGCUUCCUUACUCCCAGAGAAGUGGCCAUCCCACAUCCACCUGUGCCAUAGAGGAGCAGGACCUACCAGCUGCCACAGCUGCACUACCUGCUCCCCCACCCCACAGUGUUAUUUUGUGUUUAAAGGUCACCUGUCCUCACUCACCCAGCCAGCCCUUCAGGUGCCUUCUACUCCCAGUGCAAGAGCCAGACCACUGGGGUUUCCUGCUGCAGGAAUUGGGGGCUGGGAAUAGCAGAGGGGAUAGAAGUUUGGGGGGGAGUGAGCAUGCCUUAGUUUGUAUGGUAAGGUCCACUUCUGGGCCCACUGAGCUGCACUGGGAUUCUUCACUCUGCCCCUCACUUUAUGGCAAAUAACACAGCAGAACCACGUGGGUAUUUUAGUACUUUUUUUUAUAUCUAUUAAAAGAAUUCUAAUUUGCA